CAUAUGUUGAACUCAACCCAGCGCCGUGAAGCAGAUUGGUUUGGCAACAACGACCUACCUACAGGUCCACCUCGCUGUCAGCCCACCGCAGAGCUGCACAUUAACAGCCUCAGUCCGCCGUCGUUAACGGAGCCAAGGCUAGCACGCACUCAUUAACUCGUCAGGGUUUUUUUACUUUACUUUUUGCUGCUAUAUCAGCCCACGGGUGUGUGUUACCGUGCUAACCGGUCAUUAGCAGGUGAUGAGCAGGGGCCUGCUUCUUCUGGAUGCCCAGCUGAGGUUACCGACAGGGCACGCCGCUUAACAGCAACCCGGAGACUCUGAAUUCAAGCCCGAGAACUCUCUGACAGCACCCUGAGGAUCCAGACCCUGCCGUUUUUUUGGACCGAGACUUCAUGCUAGCUCCGUGCGAGGUGGACAAACUAGCUAGCUAACGCUCGGCGUGCCGGUUCAGUGUAAGUAGCCAGCAGAAGCAACCAACCUCUAGUUUACACCUUCCAGCCUGUCUGUGCGAUGGGUUUACUGUCACAAGGGUCUCCACUGAACUGGGAAGAAACCAAGAAGUAUGCUGACCACAUCAGAAAGCACGGCAUCAUUCAGUUUCUCAACAUCUACAACAAGGUGAAGGAUCGUCAGAGAGAUGUGCUGAAAUGGGGCGAUGAGGUUGAGUACAUGUUGGUGGAACUGGAUGACAAAGAUGAGAAGGUUCGACUUGUCCUGAAUGGUGGAGAUGUUUUGGAAACCCUCCAAGACCAGGGUGAAAAAAUAAACCCCAAUCACCCCACGCUCUGGAGACCAGAGUAUGGCAGCUACAUGAUUGAAGGAACUCCAGGGCAGCCGUACGGUGGGACGAUGUCAGAGUUCAACACUGUGGAGGGCAACAUGGGGAAGAGACGACGAGAGGCCUCAUCCGUUCUGAACCAGAAUGAAACUCUCUGCACCAUCACCUCAUUUCCAAGGUUAGGUUGCCCAGGUUUCACAAAACCAGAGCACCGGCCAACUCCUGUUGAGAAGGGAGUGUCGAAGUCACUGUUUUUCCCAGACGAAGCCAUCAACAGACACCCGAGAUUCAGCACCCUUACCAGAAACAUACGUCACAGAAGAGGAGAGAAAGUCGCGAUUAAUGUGCCGAUCUACAAAGACAAGUGCACUCCAUCGCCAUUUGUGGAGGAGUUUCCUGAGGACGAUGGUGAAGCAGCGAGGGCGGCUCUGCCUGACCACAUCUAUAUGGACGCCAUGGGCUUUGGCAUGGGCAACUGCUGUCUGCAGGUAACAUUCCAGGCUUGCAGCAUUGAUGAAGCAAGAUACCUCUAUGACCAACUAGCAACUUUCUGCCCCAUUGUGAUGGCGCUGAGUGCAGCCUCACCCUUCUACAGAGGCUAUGUGUCAGAUAUUGAUUGUCGUUGGGGAGUUAUUUCUGCCUCAGUGGAUGAUAGGACACCGGAGGAACGUGGCCUGAAGCCCUUGAAAAACAACAAGUACAGGAUCUUCAAGUCAAGAUAUGAUUCCAUUGACAGCUACCUGUCCAGCUGUGGUGAGAAGUACAAUGACAUUGAUUUGACGAUAGACAAGGAGAUCUACGAGCAGCUGCUCAGUGCAGGAAUUGACAAGCUCCUGGCCCAACACAUAGCUCACCUAUUCAUCCGAGAUCCACUCUCUGUCUUCGAGGAGAAAAUACACUUGGACGAUGAAAACGAGUCUGAUCACUUCGAGAACCUCCAGUCGACCAACUGGCAGACCAUGAGGUUUAAACCUCCACCUCCGAACUCUGACAUCGGCUGGAGAGUUGAGUUCCGCCCCAUGGAGGUGCAGCUAACUGACUUUGAAAACGCUGCAUACGUGGUCUUUGUCGUUCUGCUCACCAGAGUGAUCUUGUCUUACAAACUGGACUUCCUAAUCCCUUUGUCGAAGGUUGAUGAAAACAUGAAGGUCGCACAGAAGAGAAAUGCGGUCCAGGAGGGCAUGUUUUACUUCCGAAAGGACAUCUUCAAAGGCUGCAACCCGGUCCUCGAUGGUACCCCUUCUGCUCAGAACGGUUUGGAGACUGACGGUGCUAAUGAGGAGUACACGCUGAUGAGCAUCGACACAAUCAUCAACGGAAAGGAGGGAGUUUUUCAAGGGCUUAUCCCGAUCCUUAACUGCUAUCUGGAAAACAUGGAGGUUGAUGUGGACACCAGGUGCACCAUUUUGAAUUAUCUGAAGCUCAUCAAGAAACGUGCCUCAGGAGAACUGAUGACCAUGGCCAAGUGGAUGAGGGAAUUUGUCGCAGAACACCCGCAGUAUAAGAAGGACAGCGUCUUCACUGACAAGAUCAACUACGACCUGUUCCGAAAGUGCGACAGGAUUGCAAAAGGCGAAGAGCAAUGCCCAGAGCUCAUUGGAAACCCAGUAAACAAGUUCAAAUGAGAAACACUGUAGAAAUGCCUUGUCAUUAUAAAAACACGCAUGUUAAGAGAGACCAAAUGUUUGGCUCGGAACGAAAGCGGUCCAAGUGUGAGAGAAUGCAAGACAGCAUGUGUGUGUUGUAAGAAACACACCUGCAUCAAAUAUAUGUAUAUAUACUGUUUCAGAUUUUUAUGAUUACAAAAUUAUUUUAAUAGGGUUAAGACAUGCAAAAGGUUGUGUAAUAGAAAUCAGAUGUGUAUUUAUUUUUCUCGGGAAAUUAAGCCUAUCUGUGUGAGAAUGUAAGUGUAGCGAAGAGUUGUACAGUAGUCUGCUUUUUAAUCUUGUGUUCUGUAAAUACUGUACCUCCACUCUUUACAACAUUAACAUCAUGGGGAUUUUUUUUCUCGAUAUGAGCUUUCUUUGCAUUUAGUAGAGAUUUUUUUUUUUUUUUUUUUUUUUUUUUUUUUUUGCAUUUAAGAGAAAUGUUUGCUUUGCUCUGCUGAAAUUGUAGUGGGACCUUGAAGGUAUGUUGCAUCUAAAUGGAAAUGGUGAACCAUUGUUUGCAAUGUGAUGCUGCUUCAAAAUAAAUCUGUACAACAGUAA